UAUAGUGUACUGUUAUCUAGUUGGCUUUACAACUGUGUCCAGGYCACUCGCCAACUGUUUAUUUUACAUUUUAACGAUUAAAUUUGUUUACGUUUUAAGAAUUUUUUUAACCAAAAAAAAAAUUACAUAUCCAUAUAUCACAAUGUUUUUCAUGUUAAAAAUUUUAUGAAACGUUUGAUUGUCAAAUUACCGUCACUGUCAAAAACCUAAUGCCAUCUAAAUGGAGCAAUAGUCGAUUGAAAUAAGAUAGAUUACACAUCUUACACGCCGUCCAAUCCGGUAGACGUAGUGCCGGUCAAUCUGUCAACAUGAGCUACCAGCCGGCCACGGAGUCAGUGUGGCGGCGGUUCUGUAGUGGUGUCACCGUCGAACCGGUGGUCGCGUGCUACAUGACAGCGUUCACGAUGGUCACGCUCACCGUCUCCAACCUGAACUUGCAGAAGGCAUGCCGCGUGAACCUCCAGCUGCCCGACGAGACGUGCGAGGCGCUAGUGACGAAGACCACGGGUGGCUAUCCGGUAGACGAAGUGACCGUCCAAAAGCUGGUCACCGGCAUGAUGAUGUGGCAGACGUGUGCACAGAACGUGCUGCCGUGCGUGCUCAUGCUGUUGGUAGGCGCUUGGAGCGACCGGACGCGGAAGCGCGUUCCGUGCAUGUUGAUACCGCUGUAUGGUGAACUGGCCCGAAACGCGGGACAACUGCUAUGCGUCUACUACUUCUAUCAGCUGCCCAUGGAAGUGGCCGGCGUCGCUGAGACGAUACCAUUGGCCUUGACUGGUGGCCAAACCUUGAUGACCAUGACCGCCUACAGUUACAUCGGCGACGCCACUUCGAUGGGACAACGAACAUUUAAAAUUGGGGCAUUGAAUGCUGUUAUGGCUGUGUCUAUGGCUGUCGGAACGUCAAUGUCCGGCAUAAUAUAUAAUAAGUUAGGAUUCUACGGAGCAUAUGGUAUAUCAUCUACGUUGAUUAUAAUAGGUCUGUUGUAUGGAUUAUUGUUUGUCAAAGAUGUCACGCCAGUUACGGAAGUGAAUAAAAACAAAUCAUAUCGGACGACCAUAUCAGAUUUUUUAGACUUCAAACACAUAACCCAGUCAUUCAAAACUACUUUUAAAAAACGUCCGAACAAACAAAGGAUUAGAAUUAUAAUUUUACUAAUUGUAUUCAUGGCAAGUGCUGGUAUAAAUGCUGGUUAUCACACGGUAUGUUAUUUAUAUACACGAGUUCAAUUCAAUUGGAACGAAGUAAAAUACAGUGUAUUUGCAUCGUAUGAAUUAGUAAUAAAUAUAAUAGGUAUUCUAUUCGCCUCACUUGUUCUUAGUAAGCAAUUGAAAAUGUCAGAUGAAAUAUUAGGAAUGUUAUCGUCGAUUAGCCAAACACUGAGUGCAUUGUUCUACAUCUUCGCUUACAGCGAAUCCCUUUUCUAUAUAGGGCCUCUUGUGAACAUUUUAGUUGGUGCAGAAAAUAUAGCUAUCAAAUCACUGAUGACAAAACUAGUACCAAACACUGAACUCAUGUUUGAAACUGGAAGUCAAAAGACAAAAAUGUCACUUACUAAAUAUAUUACAGAUCUACUAAAUGUAUAAGUAAUCACUUAUCACUAAUAACUGAGAUAUCAGAUAUGUAGCAGAUAGAUAUCAGCACGAUACGAUGACAGCUGUAUUGGAAGAUUAUCAAAACGUAGUUAUAGGAAUUAACAGAAUUAAUCCCCUUUUCAACUUUCUAAUCCACUUCGACCAGGUCUUAUAA